CAGAAAAGAAGAAAAACUAAAUGUCAAUUCAACGCGUGCUGUUUUAUUAAUUUGUCUUAGAAAAAUAGGAUAAAUAAUUUGCUAAAAAUUUAUCAAAAAUAUUAUUCACAAAAAUAAAAGUAAAUUUCGAAAUAACAUGUCUACAAGCCGAGAUUACGCAGAACUGCGAAAUGAUGAAAAAUUUAUAAAAUGUGUGGAAAAUUUCGACAAUUCCAUGGAUAAAAUUGAAGCUUCCAUACUGACGGCCGUGGGUUUAAAAGAUUUUGAAGAAUUAUCUACAGAGGAAAAAGUUAAAUUGGACAACUAUUUGGCUUAUUCCAUUAAUUCAUUGUAUUGGAUGUAUGUUAAGCUACAAGGACAAGAUCCGAAUGAGCACGGAAUCAAAAAUGAACUGUCCCGAGUGAGACAAACAAUUUUACGCGACAAACAAAUCUAUGAACGGAAUACCAUUAGACCUGUUUUAGAUAAAGCUGCUGCUGGACGUUUCAUAAAACAUGGUAUACACACACGUUUUGAUAAAGAUGAAGAAAGAAUACAAAACGACAACUAAAAAUUAAUUACAUACAUAUAAAAAGAUUUAAGUGUUUUAAGUAAGAACUUUUUAUAACAAGAUAUAAUUAAUAAGUGAUAAUUAAGAAAAAUAUUUUAAGAAAAAUGAA